AUGGCCAAUACUGGCCAAAAUUAUCAUCAAAAAUUAAAAUAUUUAUAUUUUCAUAAUAAUAAUAUUAAUAAUAAUAAUAAUAAUAAAAAUAAUAAUAAUAAUAAUUCAUCUGUUCUCCUAAAUAAAGUACCAUCAUCACCAUCUGUAUGCACUUCGACACACCAUCAACAAACGAUGACAAGUUCGUCGACAUCUCCUUGGUAUCAUUUAUCAACACUUGGCGAUGAUAACGAUGGUUCAUCAACUUGUGAUGGAACAAAUUUAACAACAAUGACUAAACCAUUAUCAUCACUUUCAUUAAAUAUUGAUUCAACAAAUACACAUCAACAAUCAUAUGAAAGUUAUGGACAUUUUUUUGUUAAAAAAACAUUUCAUAAACCAACAUAUUGUCAUCAUUGUGUCGAAAUGUUAUGGGGUCUUAUUGGACAAGGUUAUUAUUGCGAAGUAUGCAAUUUUAUUUGUCAUGAUCGUUGUCGAAAACAUGUCAUUUCACCAUGCUCAAGCAUUGCACCUAUACUAAUCAAAAAUCCCGUGUGCCAUAUAUGGUCGGAUAUAUCCCGGUUUAAACGAAAAUUUUGCAAUAUAUGUCGAAAACGACUUGAAGAUAUUUCAGCUGUACGAUGUGAAGUUUGCGAAUAUUAUGCCCAUGAAGAUUGUAAAGAUUUUGCUGUUAAUGAUUGUCGUGAAACAGCUACAUAUGCACCAACAAGAGAUAAUUCAACAACAUCAGUUAGACAUCAUCAUCAUUGGCGUGAAGGAAAUUUACCAACAAAUUCAAAAUGUGCAAUUUGUCGUAAAACUUGUUGGUCAAGUGAAUGUCUUGCUGGUAUGAGAUGUGAAUGGUGUGGAAUAACAACUCAUAGUACUUGUCGUUCACGUGUACCAGAAGAAUGUGGUUUUGGUACUUUAAGAGAUAUUAUUAUUCCACCAUAUGCUAUAUCAAUUCCACGUAUAGCUGAUCUUAAUAAAGAUCUUAUAUUGGGUAUUGGAAAUAAUAUGUCGAAACCCAUGCAAAAUAUUACUUCACAAUUAUAUAAUAAUAAUGUUCUAACAGGACCUGAUCCUAUAAUAAAUCCAACAUCAGAAUCAAAAAGUGGUUUACCCAUCGUAAUACAACAUAAUUUUAAUGAUAUAACAAAAGGAGAAAAAAGAAUUCUUCGUUCAAAUUUUGUUCGACGUAUACAACGACAAUCAUCAUGUAUUUUACCAAGAAAAAAACAUACGAUGUCACAACGACCCAUUCAAAGGGUGAGAAGUUCAUCAACAGAACAUCCAUCAAGUGGUGAUGUUGAUCUUGGUAGUAGUAUUGGAAUAGAAAGAGAUCAUCGUAGUCGUGCAAAUGAAGUUUUUUCAAGUUCAAAUGUACAAACAGAAUCUAUAACUAGUAGUAGACAAAAACGAGAUAAACCACUAAGUAAAGGACAACAAGAUGAAGAAGAAGAACGAGAAAUAAUUCGAGUUUAUGAUGGUAAUGCAACUUUUCGUAAAGGCACUCCACGUUCUAUAUCCGUAUCUAAACAAGCAACUUAUACCCAGAUUCUGGAGGCUGCUCUCCGUACAUUCCAUAUCAAUGAUGAUAGCACAAAAUAUUGUAUAACUAUACCUACAGAUGAUGUUGGUGGUGAUCAACCACUUGAUGAAACAAUGCCAUUAAAAUCUCUAAAACAAUUAAGUCGUCGUAAACUUAAUAUAUAUAUUCGAUAUAAAGAACGAGGUGAUAUGGAUUGUGAUUAUGUUCGAGUUUAUCCAGGCAUACUUAAAACUCAUGAUUGUUUUAAAGUUAUUAAAGUAACAUCAUCAACUACAACAACUGAAGUUAUUGCUAAAGCUUUAGCAGAUUUUGGUUUAACAAAUGUAAAUGCUGAAAAAUAUUCGCUGGUCGAAGUAUUACUUAUAUCAAAUGUUAAUUAUACAGAUCGAAUAUUAGAACCAAAUGAAUAUCCUUUACAUGUUUUACGACAACAGAGAAAAGAAUCUGUUCGUAGUCAUCGUGUAACACGUUUUUAUUUACAACAUAAAGAUGAUCCACAUGGACCAUCUGUAUCUUUAUUUGUUGGUAAUUUACCACCAGGACCACGUACAGAAAAACAAUAUGAAAAAAUACUUUUUCAAGAUAUAUUUAAAUCAAAUAAAGAUUUAAAAUGGGAUAAUAUGGAAGUUAUUUAUUAUGAACAUGGAGCAAUGGUAUUAGUUUAUAAUGAUAGUGAUCGUGCAACACGUGCAUAUUCAAUAUUACGACAAGCAUAUCAUGAUCAAAAACAAUUAUUAGUAUUAAUGUUACCUAAUAUUCAACCACAAGUUAUACCAUCAAAUAUAUGUCCAUUACUUGUUUUUGUUAAUGUUAAAUCAGGUGGACAACAAGGUGCAGAAUUAAUAACAAAUUUUCGUCAUUUACUUAAUCCACAUCAAGUAUUUGAUUUACAAAAUGGUGGACCAUUACCUGGUCUAUAUGUUUUUCGAAAUAUUCCACAUUAUCGUAUAUUAACAUGUGGAGGUGAUGGUACAGUUGGUUGGGUACUUAGUUGUUUAGAUAAUGUUGGACAAGAUGCUUUAUGUCAAUCACCACCUGUUGGUAUUGUACCACUUGGUACUGGAAAUGAUUUAGCACGUGUUCUACGUUGGGGUUCAGGUUAUACAGGUGGUGAAGAACCAUUAGCAUUGCUCAGGGAUAUUGUUGAAGCUGAAGAAAUUAAAUUAGAUCGUUGGACUGUUGUUUUUCAUCAAGAUCAGGAUAAACGUAUACCAACAACAACAACAUCAGAUAUAAAUAGUAGUAAAAUAACAACAACAGCAACAACAACAACAGCAGCAACUAGUACAACAAUAACAAAUGCAGAAGAUAAAAGAAAACAAAAACGAAAACUUAAUUUACCACCACCAGCUGUAGCUUUACCGAUUGCUUUACAAGAAGGUUCAACAAGUGAAGAUAAAACUGAAAUGUUUGUUAUGAAUAAUUAUUUUGGACUUGGUCUUGAUGCUGAUAUUUGUUUGGAUUUUCAUAUGGCAAGAGAAGAAAAUCCAAAUAAAUUUAAUAGCCGAAUACAAGCAAAAGGUUAUUAUCUUAAAACUGGUUUAAGAAAAAUGAUGAAAAAAGGUGGUUUAAAAGAUUUUACAAGAGAUAUUGUACUUGAAGUAGAUGGAAAACGUGUGGAUUUACCAUCACUUGAAGGCAUUGUUAUUAUGAAUAUACUCAGUUGGGCAAGUGGUGCCAAUUUAUGGGGACAUGAAAAAGAUGAUAAAUUUAGUCGACCAACACAUUAUGAUGGAAUGUUAGAAGUUGUCGGUGUAACUGGUAUUGUACAUCUUGGUCAAAUUCAAUCGGGUAUUCGUUCUGGUGUUCGUCUUGCCCAAGGUGGACAUAUUCAUAUUCGUAUGAAUAAUGAUUAUCCAGUACCAGUUCAAGUUGAUGGUGAACCAUGGCUUCAACCUCCCUGUGACAUAACUAUAAUACGAUCAGCACUUAAAGCAACAAUGCUUCGAAAACGUAAAUCUAAGAUUAAACGUCGAAAUACAGAACCAAGUGUCUAUUUUCCUGAUGGAGAUGACGAUUCAAAAUGUUGA